GUUCAGCACAUUUUCGGUGCAUUUAUCGUUCUUGAGUAUAGAAAAUUCAAACCAGUCGCGAAAAGCAUGUCGCAACUCCCACGAAAUGUCAAAAUGACCUGUCAGCGGAAGGAUCAACGUUGAAUUUGCAUCUUGUAAUAUAGUAAUAUAGGUCCAUAGACCAGCACUUAUAAAAGGAAGCUGCAAGACAUAUGCUCAACUGUUUUUCCUUAGAACAAUGCCGAAACAGCCAAGAACAUCGGCCAAUAAAGGUAAAGUGAAGCAGGCACAAGAUGUUCAAGAGGCAGAGUAUAAAAUUCCAUAUGUUUCAGGUUUUAAAGCUCCGAGUGCAAGAGAUAGUAGAAAUGCCAUUGGUUUUACAUCAGAAAUUCCUGUGGACUUUGAUCCGUCAACAAAUGUCGGUGUCGGGUUUGAGUUUUUUCCACAUCUGCCAGAACCCACACAUAUCGAUGACUGGUUAGCCCAGUACUGUGAGGAGGGACAAACUUUCAAACAGUUUGUUAAGGAAUGUCCAUGGCUGUCCAGUCGUAAAAGAAAGUAUAUGUCUCAGGAAUUCCAACCCUCAGGGCAAACAAUCAAAGACAGAUAUCCAGACGGCAAAGUUUAUAUAGUUCCCAUUGGUGACUUUGGUGAGAGGGACUCAGAACUGUUCUCGAGUUUGAUAGAGUAUACAAGUAUAUUUUUAGGUUUGCCUGUCAAAUCAUUGCCUAAAAUAGACCUACAUGUUGGUGAAGGGAAGGUGCUGUGGAUUGAGGAACCAAAUAACAAAACUGGAACAAACAGACGCAGCAGCCAGAGGACAAAACACCAUCAGUUAACGAGUCGUUUUAACGCGGAAACCAAGCAUAUACAAGUUUGUGUAGAUAGCAAUUUAAUGCAAUUACGCAAUCUUAUACCGGAAGAUGCUAUUUGCAUGAUCGGACUGACCAUGUUAGAUUUAUAUGGUGACGAUAGUGACUUGUUUGUAGCAGGAAUGGCAGCUGGAAACCAGCGUGUAGCUAUUUUUAGCUUAUAUCGCUAUGAUCCCUGCUUAAGUUUUUCAACAGAACAUUGGUUUCAGAUUCAGGAAGAUCAUGAUAUUCCACAGAAGGAGCGGCAACGUGUGACACUGCAGCGUGGAUGCAAACUCCUCGUUCAUGAGAUAUGUCAUUUACUUGGCAUCGACCACUGUAUUUAUUAUGACUGUUGUAUGAAUGGCUCAGGACAUUUGUCCGAGGAUUUUAGGCAGCCCAUGCAUUUGUGUCCAGUUGAUCUACGUAAACUUUAUACGUUAGUUGGGUUUAAUGUUGUAGGGAGAUACAGGCUGCUACAUCAGUAUUACAAGAACCAUGGUUUUAAGGAGGAGGAAAAAUGGGUUCAGAAAAGAUUGAAAUUUAUUUGCUCAUGAACACUUUGUUUAAAAGAAACUAGGUAAAGCGGUGCUUCCCUGAAAAUAAGUCGGUAGCUAAACAAUAAAUCAUAGGAAUACCCUUGUUUAUAUAAGAUUUUCAGGUGAAAAUUGGGGAAAAGCUUUGUUUCAUCUGUCAAUUAUAGUUUUUGAAAAUGUUUAUUAAUUUUGUAAUUUAUAUAUUUAUAUAUAUAUUUAUCUAUAUACAUUUUAAUUUCUUUGAUACAGAGUAUUAGAGCAAAUUAGGUUUUGUUCCAUUCUUCAGUUUUUUAAGGCAUAAAAAAAAAAUUGUUUGUUUCCGCAAUCCCGACCUACCCUAAAUUUUUGGCCCGACCCUAAAUGUUUUUAUGGCCUUGGAGAAUAUUUUUUUCAAAACUGCACUUUUUAUGCUUUAAACAUGGCCAGUGAUGUUAGAAAUAAACUUACUGAUGCUCUAAAGGCAUAACCCCCUUAUUUGUAACCAUUUUUUGACACAAAAAUAAUUUCCGAAAAGUCUCCCUUAAUAAAAAAAAUUCCAAAAAAAAAAAACAUUUCCGACCUACCUACCCUAAUUUUUUUGAGCAUGUUACCGGAAACAAAGAAUUUUUUUUUUUUAGGCCUAAUAGAGGUGGACACUGAACUUUGUAACAGCUAAUUUAGGGCUUAUAGCAUAUAUAUGGUCCCCGUUUGUUACAGCAACAACUAAAAUUAAUAGACUGUUAAACAGUUAUUAUUACAGUUGGUAAAAUAUGAGAAUAUGAGUCCCUGUAACUUUGCAGAGCAAUGUGAAUAAUAUGAAACUUAACAGGAUAAUUAUCUCCCUUUAAAAUGUCAGCUUUUGUAAAAAUUGUUUUGUGUUGCAGAUUUUUAGCAUUAUUUACAUUAUAUAAUUAUAUUCAAGUUAAAGAUACACCAAUAUAUUUGUUCUGUACAAAUUUUGACCCGGUGAAUUUGUAAACCCUGUCAAAUAAAUAGAUAUAAUUUGACUUUUAUGCUGUUUUAGUUUUAAUAUAAAGAGACUGGAGUUACAAAUAAUAUAGUUAAUACUUGUAGAACUGACACUGCUUCAAAAUAUGAGAAACAUGUAUUUUGCUCUUUGAAUUUUAAAAAAUAUGUUAUUUAUUUUUCUCUUUGUUGUAUAUUAUGUACUACAUAGUAAAAAGUAUCACUUUAGCAAUUAUAAGCUUAUUGAAUAGCUUGCUGGUCAGUAAUCAGAAUUAACUAUUGUCUUAGGUGCAGAAGUCAUGCAGGUUAAUCCAAAGUUCCAAAGGACUGUUGGUUUAUAAGCCAUUUAAUAAAUGUUUCAUUACCUGAUAUUUCCCAGUUUUAUUUUCAAACUUUGCCUAAUUAGCCCAGUAAACAUAUGUGUUGAAUAUAGAAUGGUCACAAUGGCUGUUUAUAUUAGGCCUAAAAAAAAUUCUUUGUUUCUGGUAACAUGCUCAAAGAAAUUACGAUAGGUAGGUCAGAAUUUCUUUUUUUUUUUGGAUUUUUUUUUUAUAUAGGAAAAAACUUAAAAGAAUCUUCUUGCCUGAAACUGCUAGGCCUAGGCUUUUGAUAUCUGGUGUGUUGCCUUUCCUAGUGUUCCUCUACCAAAAUUGUUCAAAUUAUGCCCUUGGCAUGAAAAGAGACCCUGCCCCAAGGGUCUCAAGUUUCAUAUAGACUUAAUAUAUAGGAAAAAACUUAAAAGAAUCUUCUUGCCUGAAACUGCUAGGCCUAGGCUUUUGAUAUUUUUUGUGUUGCCUUUCCUAGUGUUCCUCUACCAAAAUUGUUCAAAUUAUGCCCUUGGCAUGAAAAGAGGCCCUGCCCCAAGGGUCUCAAGUUUCAUAUAGACUUAAUAUAUAGGAAAAAACUUAAAAGAAUCUUCUUGCCUGAAACUGCUAGGCAUAGGCUUUUGAUAUUUGGUGUGUUGCCUUUCCUAGUGUUCCUCUACCAAAAUUGUUCAAAUUAUGCCCCAGGGAUGAAAAGAGGCCCUGCCCUAGGGGUCUCAAGUUUAACAUAGACUCAUAUAGGAAAAAAUAAAUAAAAAUUUUCUUGUCUGAAAGUUCAAGGCCUGGGCUUUUGAUAUUUGGUAUGUAGAAUUGCCUAGUGGAUCUCUAACAAGAUUGUUCAAAUUGUGCCCCUAGGGUGAAAAAAGGCCCCGUCCUUGGGGUCGCUUGUUAUAGGUGUUAUAUAGGAAAAAAUACUUUAAAAAUUACCAGAUCAUAUUUCCUAGACUGUUUAAUCAUAAUUAUCCUUGACUAUGACCUUGACCUACUGACCUACUUUCUUGUUUUUAGCUCACCUGAGCCAAAGGCUCAUGGUGAGCUUUUGUGACCGAUCAAUGUCCGUCAUGCGACGUGCGUCGUCCGUCCAUCAACAUUUUCUAAAAAAAAUCUUCUUCUUAAAAACCACUGGGCAGAAUUAUACCAAACUUCACAGGAAUGAUCCUUAUGUGGCCCCCUUUCAAAAUUAUUCAAAGAAUUGAAUUCCAUGCAGAACUCUGGUUGCCAUGGCAACCAAAUGGAAAAACUUCAAAAAUAUUCUUGUCCAAAACCACAGGGCCUAGGGCUUUGAUAUCUGGUGUGUAGCACCAUCUAGUGGUCCUCUACAAAAAUUGUUCAAAUUAUCCCCCAAGGGUCAAAUAUGGCCCCGCCCUGGGGGUCACAUGGUUUAUAUAGACUUAUAUAGGAAAAACUUUGAAAAUCUUCUUGUACAAAACCACAUGGCCUAGGGCUUUGAAAUUUGGCCUGUAGUAUCAUCUAGCGGUCCUCUACCAAGAUUAUUCAAAUUAUCCCCCUAGGGUCAAAUAUGGCCCUACCCCUGGGGGUCACAUGGUUUAUAUAGACUUAUAUAGGGAAAACUUUGAAAAUCUUCUUGUACAAAACCACACGGCAUAGGGCUUGAUAUUUGGUAUGUAGCAUCAUCUAGUGGUCCUCUACCAAGAUUAUUCAAAUUAUCCCCCUCGGGUCAAAUAUGGCCCUGCCCCGGGGGUCACAAGUUUUACAUAGACUAAUAUAGGAAAAAAAGUUUAAAAAUCUUCUUGUCUGAAACCACAACACUUAGACCUUUGAUAUCUGGUUUGUAGCAUUGUCUUAUGGUUCUUAACCAAAAUUGUUCAAAUUGUACCGCUGCGGUGAAAAGAGGCCCUGCCCUGGGGGUCCCAAGUUUUAUGUAGACUUAUAUAGGAAAAAGCUUUAAAAAUCUUCUUGUCUGAAACCAUAGACCUAGGCUUUUUAUAUUUGGUAUGAUGCAUUGUCUAGUAGUCCUCUACCAAAAUUGUUCAAAUUAUGCCCCUGGGGUUAAAAGAGGCCCACCCUGGGGUCACUUAGUUAUUAUGUGAGUUAUAUAGGAAAAAUACUUAAAAAAUCAUCUGAUCCUAUUUCUAAGACUGUUUAAUUAUAAUUACCUGAAGACCCCAGGUAACAUGAUGUCACUUGACUGUGACCUUGACCUACUGACCUACUUUCUUGUUUUUUUAAGAUACAGCCUUGAAAUUUUGAUGACAUACAAAGUUUUGCACACAAAUCGUAAAACUGAAUUUCAUUGACCAUGAAUAUGACCUGCUGACUUUCUUAAUAUUUUAUCGUCAGUUUGACAUUUGAAACAUGUAGCUCAUAUUACUCAGGUGAGCGAUCCAGGGUCAUCAUGACCCUCUUGUUUAAGUUACAGUCUUGAAACUUGGAUGACAUGUACAGUUUUGCACACCGAUCUUAAAACUGACUUUCAGUGACCAUGAAUGUGACCUACUGACGUACUUUCUAAUAUUUUAGCCAUUUGAAACAUGUGGCUCAUAUUAAACUUAGUGAGCGAUUCAGGGUCAUCAUGACCCUCUUGUUAUAUUAUUAGAAGGAAAACCUAGCUGAUUUACCAUUUUUACAUUAAUAGCAUUUCAUCUUGUAUGCUUUAGAAAGACAUAAUUAUUUUGACCUUGAAAUUGAUCUAGUGACCUACUUUCACAUUUGUCAAGCUACAGCUUUCAAGGCGCCUGCCCGCUUAGCUCAGUAGGUAAGAGCGUUGGUCUACGGAUCGCGGGGUCGCGAGUUCGAUCCUCGGGCAGGGUGUAUGUUCUCCGUGACUAUUUGAUAAACGACAUUGUGUCUGAAAUCAUUAGUCCUCCACCUCUGAUUCAUGUGGGGAAAUUGGCAGUUACUUGCGGAGAACAGGUUUGCUCUGGUACAGAAUCCAGGAACACUGGUUAGGUUAACUGCCCGCCUUUACAUGACUGAAAUACUGUUGAAAAACGGCGUUAAACCCAAAACAAACAAAUAAACGGCUUUCAAAUUUGGACCACAUGCAUGGACCACAUGCACAGUAUUGUGUACCAAAAUAAACUUUGACCUUGAUUUUGACCUUGAGCUAGUCUUGAAAUUUGGAACAUUCUAAAAUGGCUCAAUGGUGGGUGCCAACAUCACUCUGUGAUCUCUUGUUUGACUGUCUCUGCCCCAUAUUUCCAGAUUUAUUGCCCCUGAAAUAGUCAAAAAUGCACAUUUUCACCUUGUGACACACCUAGCUCAAAAAGUAUAUGAUAUAAAUGGAUGAAAAUUUGCAUGAGUCUUUAUCAUGACAUGAACUUGUGCACCUCCUAUAUUUUGGCUGGCUCCACCCCCUAAUUUUAAAAUUAUGGCCCCUGAAAUAGUCAAAAAUGAACAUUUUUAUCAAAUAAUGUGCCUAGCUCAAAAAGCUUGAUGUAAAUUCAUGAAACUUUUCUUGAGUCUUUAUCAUGAUGUGACUUUGCACACUUGGCAUUCUUCUUGAGAAUCUUAGCACUUAUUGUUUGUGAUGCUCAUAGCUCAAAAAGUAUAAUGGCCUAGAAUAAUGAAUACUUUUCAUGAAAAUGUUUGUUGAGGCUAUACUGCCUUAGACUGCAAACAAUUGAAUUAUUGCCCCUUAUUUGUGACAAAUGUGCUUUUGGGGGCACACCCUGUGUCCUACAGACACAUUCUAGUUUAAAAUUUAUGGUGCAAUACUUGUAUAAAAGUAGGAGUUAAUCAAAUAACACAGUAAUAUUUAUUCAGAAGCAUUGUGAAAGGGAGCCAGUGGCGCAGUGGUUAGCAGGUUGGACUACAACGCCAGCAGUCUGGGUUUGAUUCCAGGGCGCAGCUGAUAUCCUGACUUUAAGUAUUUAGUGCUGGGUGAUAUACUUAAAUUGGUACUGUUUCCAGCAGUAUCAGUCUAGAACGGAUGCUUGGGAGGUAAAUAUGAUGGCUGCUGUAGGCUCUGCUGGAAAUAGAUUGUUCCAUCAAUUCCAGGUAGUGACUCUUGUCAACUACUCGUGUUAAACAAGAAACUUUACUUUACCUUUUUAUAUUUAUAUUAAUGCAGCGUUUUAUAUUUACUCUGAAGCAUUGUAUAUUUAUAUUAAUGCAGUGUUUUAUAUUUUUUCUGAAGCAUUGUAUAUUUAUAUUAAUGCAGUAUUUUAUAUUUAUUUUGAAGCAUUGUAUAUUUAUAUCAAUGCAGUGUUUUAAAUUUUACUUUGAAGCAUUGGAUAGUUAUAUUAAUGCAGUGUUUUGUAUUUACUCUGAAGCAUUGUAUAUUUAUAUUAAUGCAGUGUUUAGCAGUAUUGAUUUUGUACCAAAGUGAUAUAUAUAUAUAUCUUAUCAUAUACUUAUUUAUAAAACCAAAUGCAUUGUUUUUAUCCCUAAGAUUUAUUUUUUAUGGCAUGCUGUAUUAAAUCCAGUUGUAUAUGAGUAAUUUUCAGUUUUAACAUUCUUGAGACAGGCUUUAUUUUCUGUGUUUUAGAUUAGUGGUAUGGAAGUUCAGACUUGAAUGAAUACAUGCAAACAUAAUUAUAAUAAGCCAGAUUGGCCUCAGAUUAAUGGUAAUUGUUUUUUAUUCAUUAAAAUGGAUUAUGCAUUUUAUUAGUGUAAAUGUUUGUUUACUAUUCUUAGCAAAACCAUUUAAAUAUACAGCUUAAAAAUGUGAUAAAUGUAAAUUGUUCACUUUUGUAGCAUAGGAGCACUAUAUAAUAUUUUUAGGAGAAUAUAUUUAUGACAAUUCAUGAUUAUUUUAAUUGAUUCUUGAAUAGUCGAUAUAAUUAAGUCUUUCAAAUUUACUUUUCUUUUAAAUGAAUAAUGUCCCUUUAGUAUGUACAAUGUAGGUACUAUGGAGAAAAACUCGAGUUGUCUCUGGGUAUCAUUAUUUGCAUGACUGAUAUGCCCCCCUUUGUGGAAGUGAUUGUAUUUUGCUUAGCACCCGUCGGUCGCAUCGGUCAGUCUGUGCAUCUGUCUGUUGGUUGGUUGGUACAGUGAACAGUUUCUGCCCAAUAACUUGAGAACCACUUGACCCAGGACCUUCAAACUUGGUAGUAUGAUUGGGCUUAUGAAGUAGGUGACAUCUUUUUUUUCUGGUCUGUAGGUUAAAUGUCAUGCUGGUCACAGGGGCCCAAACCCUGAAAAUGGUUACAGUAGAAUAACUUGGGAACCCCUUGACUCAGGACCUUCAAACUUAAUAGCAUGAUUGGGCAUAUGCAGUAGAUAGCCCUUAGAUUAGUAGGUCAAAGGUCAAGGUCAUAGUGGUCAUUGGACUGAAAAUUGGACAACCCAUCUUGGAGGCCAUUCAUGUUUUACAAAGAUCUCUUGAUGUCAGUGUUUUAUAAUAAUAUGUACAUUUGAGCCAUGCCAUGAGAAAACUAACAUAGUGGGUUUUGCGACCAGCAUGGAUCCAGACCAGCCUGUGCAUCCACGCAGUCUGGUCAGGAUCCAUGCUGUUCGCUUUUAAAGCCUACUGCAAUUAGAGAAACCGUUAGCGAACAGCAUGGAUCCUGACCAGACUGCGUGGAUGCGCAGGCUGGUCUGGAUCCAUGCUGGUCGCAAACCCACUAUGUUGGUUUUCCCAUGGCACAGCUCAUUUAUACAUUAUUCUAUAUAUGCCUAAUAAUGUUCAGUGUGAUUUUGUUUUUCUGUUUGUUUUUUAUGGCUAUUAUAUUUUUAGCUCACCUGAGCACAUUGUACUUGUGGUGAGCUUUUAUGAUUGUUGAAUGUCAGGUGUCUGUCCAUCCAUUGCCCACAGUUGAAAAAAUGCAUCACUCAAAGCGACAAAACCUGAGUUUCAGCCAAACUUCUGAGGAAUGUUCUUUUAAUGGUCUGCUUCUAAAUUUCUUCAAAUCUAGGUCAUCCUUGCAGUUUUCUGGUUGCCAUGGAAGUUAAGAAAACUGAAGGCUUGAUUUAAAAUGAAAUCACAACAAUGUUCCUUAGAUGAACCUUCAUCAAAUUCCUACUUGAAUUUGUUUAAAGAGGAAUUAUACGCAUUUUACAAGUAAAAAUACAGCACAAAUAAAUAUGUGUGUAAAAAGGGUCAAGGAAAUUAUAGUUUUUAACCCAGUAUACCAAACUCUUCCUGUUACCAUAAUGAAAUAAUAACUUUUUGAAUAUGACUUUUCUUAUUUUGACUGGGGCAGUCUUUUAAAGAAAAGUCAAACUGCUUGCAGGAGUUACAUCCCUUCAACCUCAGAAAUCUCUACUAUAGGUAAAAGAGAUCAUUGCGAACAAGAUUGAAGAAAUGAACUGUUAUUUUAUAAGUCCAAAUUCUUCAUUUCUAAAGCAUCACUUUCAAAUGCUUAAGCGGCAUUAUUGUUAAUUUAACACAUUUAAAUGCAUAGCAGCCGAAAACUUGCUUUUAUAAAACAUUCACCAAAAACACACUAUGUGCUGUAAGAUGCGCAUAAUGUCACUUUAAGACAAAAUAUCUUAUAGCUACAUGUAAGACUUUUUUUUUCUCUGAAACUGCUUUAUUAUUUCAGUUGUCAAAAAAUAUGAACAUUUACUUGUCAGAUUUUAACUUUUGCAGAUUUUAAACGGUUUUCACACAUUGUCAGAUGCUUCUUUGGUAUUUAUAAACUUUUGAAAAUGGUUGCCCCAGUGAAACAUGUUUUUUGCUGUGAAACUCUGGUAAGCGAUCAUGGCCCUUUUUGUUUCUUUAUGUAAGCAAUUCCUACAUUUUUAUGUGGUAAAAUCCAUUGUCAGAAACUGCUGACCAAAUUUUCAAAACAAUUUCAGUGUUGUUUUCUUUGUAUGACCCUCUACCAAAGUUAAACUCUGAGGUGAGAUAUCUAGGGUCAUCAUGUCACUCUUUGUUUUUAUUUUUAGUUUUUUUCAGUGACUAGAGGUGCUCUUACUGAAUAAGUAUCUGACAAUCUUUGUUAAGGUGCUCCAAAUUGUUUUGCUGUUUCUUAGACAUAACUUGAAUAUUUUAAACAUUUUUGCAGUAUGUUAAAGCUCAGAGUGUGCUAUGAGCAAGGCAUAAAGCCAGUAACAAGACAUAAUUAAGUAAUGUAUGCCUAGUCUGGAAAAUCAAAUUAUUCACUAAGGAAAUAAAUUAUUCAACACUUGUGUCAA